AUACAUCACAAACACUAUAAAUGCAUUCCAUAACCGCUACAACUUCCCACACCAGCACCACUACCGCACUACUCCACUCUUCUCUCUUUAAGUAUCUCUAAACAAGUGUACGUUAACGACAUACAAUGGCUUCACUUCUUGUCCUCUUCGUCGUCUUCUUCUUCUUCUCCUCUUGUUUUGCUCAAUCCUACAAUGUCUUGUCUUUCGGAGCUAAACCGGACGGAAAAACAGACGCAACCAAAGCGUUUAUGGCGGUUUGGGAAACCGCUUGUGCCUCGUCUCGUCCAGUUACCAUCGUUUUUCCUAAAGGCAGGUUCUUGGUAAGAAGUCUUAACUUCGACGGUUCGAAGUGCAAGCCUAAGCCCGUUACGUUCCGUAUAGACGGUACAUUGGUGGCUCCGGCUGAUUUUCGAGUUAUCGGAAAUGAAGACUACUGGAUUUUUUUCCAGCAUCUCGACGGCGUCACCGUCUACGGUGGAGUUCUUGACGCUCGAGGAACUUCUCUGUGGGAUUGUAAUUCCGGCAAGAAUUGCCCCAGCGGAGCCACUACAAUAGGGUUUCAGAGCUCGAGCAACGUCGUCGUUUCCGGGCUGACGUCACUUAACAGUCAGAUGUUCCACGUCGUCAUCAACGGUUGCAACAACGUAAAGCUCCAAGGAGUCAAAGUAUUAGCCGCAGGAAACAGCCCCAACACAGACGGUAUCCACGUUCAGUCUUCCUCCACCGUCUCUAUCUUCAACACAAAAAUUUCCACCGGCGAUGAUUGUGUCUCCAUCGGUCCAGGAACUAAUGGUUUAUGGAUUGAAAAUGUUGCAUGUGGUCCUGGUCACGGCAUCAGCAUUGGCAGCCUGGGGAAAGAUAGCGUGGAGGCAGGUGUACAGAACGUGACAGUUAAAACGGUGACCUUUACCGGAACAGACAACGGGGUUAGAAUCAAGUCAUGGGCCAGGCCCAGUAGUGGAUUCGCUAGGAACAUCCGUUUUCAACAUUGUGUAAUGAACAACGUAGGGAACCCAAUUCUUAUUGACCAAAACUAUUGUCCUCGUAACGAAAACUGCCCUGGCCAGGUUUCGGGUAUCAAAAUCAGCGAUGUGUUGUUCGUCGAUAUACAUGGAACAUCGGCGACUGAAGUUGGAGUGAAACUUGAUUGUAGUCCAAAGAAACCGUGUACCGGAAUUAGACUUGAGGAUGUGAAGUUAACGUACCGGAAUAAACCGGCUGCAUCGGCUUGUAUUCACGCAGGAGGAAUCGAAGCUGGGUUUCUUCAGCCAAACUGCCUUUGACGACAACAAAAAUAUUAUAUAAAAGUUCACAAGUAGUGAUAUUGUAAAUUAUAGUUUCCUUGUUUAUCUUGCAAUACGUAUGGCUCGGCAUCACACGGUGGGAACUUAAAAUGCAUGAGCCUGUGGCGGUUGAAGGCACACUUUAGCCUAGAGCCUGGCCUUGCUUUGUAGAUGAUAGUCCAUUGCAACCAUUGAUGGUUUUGAUAUGUGUUGUGUAAGUUGUGUUCUUGAUUAAAUUUAAUAUUAAUAUUAUUAGCCU